AACCCACAUAUUUUUGAAAAAGCCCAACAAAAAUAAUCAAAAUUUUGAUUUCAUUCAUCGUUAACAAAUCAUCAAAACCCUAAGACAAAAAAAAAACUAAGAGCGCUCCAUCAAAUCGUUGCCCUUCAAUCGGAGUCGCAUAACUCAACUUUACCGCCCGGAAUCUCCCGCCGGCCGCCACAAACGAAAUUCUUUCUGUAAUGGCGGAUGCUGAGAAUGCCCUACAGUCGACAAAGAAAAGGGCUGCUGGACGGGAGCUCACCAAAGACACUCCUAUUGACGAUGAGGAAGAUGACGUUGACCUUGAAGCUGGGACUUUCAAGAAAGCCAGUGAUGAGGUUCUGGCAACCAGAAGAAUCAUCAAAGUAGCACGUCGCCAACAUACUAAUUCUGCCCCUUCUUCAAACCCUUUCGCUGGAAUACGCUUGGCUGCUCCUACUGAAUCCAGUGUCAAGCCCAUUGAAGCUACUGCUGAAACUGAACCAGAGAAAGCUAAAGACGAAGAAACUAAGCAGCCAGAAAGCAAAACUCUUGAGGUGGAAAACAAAUCUACUUCAAAUAACGACGCUGCAGAAAAAGACAAUGCAGGUAAGGAGCUUGUGGAGAAGGAGAGUGACAACUCUAAGGUAGAUAAUGAAGAGAUUAAGGAUGGAAGUAAGAUUGAGAAUGAGGAUAAGAAGGAAGCUACCAAUAAGGAGAGUUCCGAUGAGAUCAACAAAGAACCAUCUACGGAAGAAAAAAAUACCGAGAACAAUGAUAAGAACGGAAAUAGUGAAAGCAAGGACAAGGAAGAUAACAAAGUAAGUGACGAGCCUACUGCUGAAGGUGGUCCUUUCAAAUCAUUUCAACAGCUUUCGAGUAGUCAAAAUGCCUUCACAGGUCUUGCUGGAACUGGAUUUUCUUCUUCCUUGUUUUCAUUCGGGACUUCAACAAACGAUGGGUCUGCUUUAGGCAGUGGUCCUGGUUCUAUUUUUGGAUUGAAAACUGACCAGCCUUUGGGUCUUGGUUUAUCCAACACUGGGAGUUCUGGUUUUGGGUCGUCAGGAGCAUCUUCUGUUUCCAAGAUUGAAACACUGCAGGAAGUCGUCGUUGAAACUGGCGAAGAAAAUGAGGAAGUGGUUUUUAAUGCAGAUUCAGUGUUGUUUGAAUUUGCAGAUGGAGGUUGGAAGGAACGUGGAAAGGGUGAGGUGAAGGUGAAUGUAACUAGUGGAACAGAAAAGAAGGCCAGAGUUCUUAUGAGGUCUAAGGGUAAUUACAGAUUGAUUUUAAAUGCACGUCUUUACCCUGAAAUGAAGCUCACAAACAUGGAGAAGAAAGGUGUUACCUUUGCCUGUGCAACUGAAGGGAAAGCCGGUCUUUCAACAUUUGCAUUGAAGUUCAAGGAUGGAUCCAUAGUAGAGGAUUUUAAGGCUGCUAUCACAGCACAUAAGGGAGAGGCAUCUACAAUUGUGAAAACACCAGAAAAUUCUCCCAAGGCUUCUGAUGUUUGAGCUAUAUGUCCCACACCCACAUCAUACCAAUUUUCUCACAAAGUCGGUCAGUCAUCUUAGCUGUUGUUUUAUUGUUAUUGUGCCUUUGUAUCACGGAGUUAAUCAUCUUUGAGACUUGUUGUACUUUAUUUUGAGUCAAACUUGCAGCAGGUGGUAGAGUUUUAAUGUCCUGGAUAAAUCUUGGAUCUAUAAUACAGAAUAUUCGAUCGUGAAAAUUAUAUACAGUGUUGUUUAAA